AUGACCAGCAAAUAUAUAGAGCAACGGACGGUUCGCGCAUUCAAAGACCUGCGUCCAUGGGAACGGUCCCGUUUUCGCCAGAAUCAGGAGGACUUUUACCUCCCAAAUGAAGAGGGCUACUAUCCCGGAGAUGCCUUCCUUAUUCGUCAUCUUGAAAACAAUAAAGGCAAUGAUGUUAUUAGUAUAGACAAUGCUUUCUCUUCCUUUCCUAGCGGUGCCGGACGCCGUCACACUCCCCACACAAAGCCAGGCGGCGACAAUCUUAUACCUGAAACAAUCUCGAAAGAUUCAACGGCCGGCCAGGAGGCAAAUUUCGCUCACCUUCUUGCUGAACUGGGGAAGAAAAACACAGCGCGUUUUAUCCCUGAUAUCGAAGCUCAAAUGGGUCAGAGACCCGAGAUUUUUCUUCGCGAUGAUUCUGGGUCCAUGUUUCUUGAUGCACAGAUGCAUUCGAAGCCUGUAGUAAGUGAGGCGAGAAGGCGAGAGAUCUCGGUCGGGCCCAUCGAUUUUGAGAGUCGCCGUGAACAUAUACGACUCAAAUACAGCAAGUCUCUGAAGGAGAGCCAGGCCAAAAAAGCGCGGCAGAGAGCAGCGGAGAAGCGACUAAAGGAAAUGGACGAGGCCGCAAAGGCCGAAGCCGUUACCGAGGCCGCCACCAAAGCGUCCAUGGUUCUUGAAACUCAGGAGUCGCCGGGGAAGAAGACCUUGGCGAGUGUACCCGAAAGGACUUAUUCUCGCUCUGAUUCUCUCACUUCCGACGCCGAAUCUGAUGCGUCAUCGUUUGACAACAAUAACAACAAUAACAACAAAUACAGUUCCGAUAAAGUUGUCAGAAAAGAGUACAUUCGAGCGACAAAUGAGCACAGAGACUACGGAGUCUUAUUUCGUAGGGCUCAAUUGUCUGAACAGGACCAAUACGAAUCAGAUUACAAAGAAAAUCCAUCUGAACCACUGGACCCCUACGAUCGUAUAACUGGUCGUGGUGGCCUCCUUGGUUCGACCAUGACCCCAGACCAAGGCGUAGCAGCUCGAAAAGCCAUGAUAUCAGAAUUCUUGAGCCCUCCGAAGAUCCUACCAUCAACCAAUCUAUUCUUUCUCCUGCUUUCCCCGGCCUUCGUAUAA